AAGAAAUCUACAGCUACAACUACAGGUUAGUGUUGUCAAACUAAGCCUUAGCCUCAAUGCAUCAUAUAUUGAUAUCCAGCAUCAAAGAGUUAUCUACUUAUCUUGGUUAUAAUAGUCAUCCACUCCUUAUUGAACCAUUUUCACUUGAUAGCAUGCAAAUCUUAAAUUACAUGAUUCUGGGCUUUUCUCAUCUGAAGUUUUGGUGACUGGAAUUUAGGACUAACAUAGGGGAUGUGGUACAAAAUUUGGCAAAAGCAAAGGAGAAUGAGAUCCAGUUCCUCAGGACUACGCUGGAAAAGUGGUAACUAUCAUCAUGAUCAACGGCAAGAAAAAGAACUUCAACCAAUCUUUCCUCUCCUUCUGCAUUCUUAUUGUCCCUGUUUGUUUAUUAGGCUGAAGAACGUAUGCUUCUUGUACAAGCCCAGAUUGAACAACUUAAGAAAGGAGCACAAGAAGUGUUGGGCUCAACAGAUGUUGUUGAGAAGUUCAGAAGCAGCAUUUCAAGUUAUCAAACAUGAGACGGAAAGCUUUAUGACCCAUUCUUGGCAGCUAGUUCAGUGACAAAACUAGAUUAUGUUAUAGGCUCCAUGUUAAUCAACUAGUAAUAUUUCAAGCAUGACGAUCUGUUGUCUUAUUAUUUUGAAAAUGUCAAGUAUAUUGCUAUUCAGUCAAAUAUGGUGGUUUGCUGAAAACUCAAAUGAAUAGUCCCUAGUUGUUAGAGAGACUUGAUAAGUAGAAAAGGAAGAAGUGGACGAAGACAUCCAAGCCAUGAUUGCUGGAGGAGUGGAUAUAAUGUAUCAUCAGAUUCCAGAUUUGGAGACUUAAAGACUGGUAUAUAUGCAUAUUCUCAACUGAAUGUAGGCAACUUGUUUAUGAAUAAUCAAUUCACUCGACACUCGACACUCGACAUUAGUCUUUCUUAUUGCAUCUAUUUACUUUGCAAUAGACAUGGGGUGACUGGCACUAAGACAUGCUAUUGUAGUAGUUUUGUACUUCUAUUGUCUUCAAGAGAACUUUGGUUUGCAUAGUAAGUUGUUCAUUAUGACUAGAUGUCAUUAGAUGAUUGUUGCUACCCAGAACCUGCUAGUAAAGUUUACAUGAUUUC